GCCCAGCCGCUGAGGCUCAGUGAGUGAGUGCGGGAGCGGCGCGCUAGAGCCCUUGGCUGGCAGCCGGAGCGCCAGCAGAGCGCGCGCAGCCCGGAGAGCAGCGUCAGGAUCCGGGCACAAAGAGAGGGCAGCAGCCUCUUCCAUCUCUGAUCUACAAUGAGUACCAAAGCUGCUAUCAACAAAGAAAUUUUCGCCCCACAUGAUGAAAGGAUGCUGGGAGCUGUCCAAGUGAAAAGGAGAACAAAGAAAAAGAUCCCUUUCCUAGCAACUGGGGGACAGGGUGAAUAUUUAACCUACAUCUGCUUGUCAGUGACUAACAAGAAACCCUCCCAGGCAUCUGUUACAAAAGUCAAACAGUUUGAAGGUUCCACGUCGUUUGUAAGGAGAUCACAGUGGAUGCUUGAGCAGCUUCGCCAGGUUAAUGGUAUAGACUCUAAUCGGGAUUCUCCAGAAUUUGAUUUAUUAUUUGAAAAUGCUUUUGACCAAUGGGUAGCAAGCACGGCUUCCGAAAAAUCCACAUUCUUUCAGAUUCUUCACCACACUUGUCAGCGCUACCUUACAGACAAGAAGCCAGAAUUUAUCAACUGCCAGUCUAAAAUUAUGGGAGGAAACAGCAUACUCCAUUCAGCAGCAGACAGUGUGACCAGUGCAGUACAGAAGGCAAGUCAGGCUUUGAAUGAGCGUGGAGAAAGGUUAGGUCGAGCAGAAGACAAGACAGAGGAUAUGAAAAACAGUGCCCAGCAGUUUGCAGAAACUGCACACAAGCUUGCCAUGAAGCACAAAUGUUGAGAUACUGCCUAACACAGAGAUCUUCCCAAGAGGAACUGAAAAGCUAGGCUCAGCAAUUUUUACUGGAGAUCCAAACUUUCACAUGCAUUAUCCUUCCAAUUCAGUGAAGAUGAGUUAUUCAGUUAACGUACAGCAAAAAUGUUGCAUUCCCACAUUUUUAUGGUAAUUUCGCUAAGCAAUGCUGCUGUAUCUCCAACCUUUAUUUUGUAUUUAAGUUAUUGUAGGUGUUUUUAAAAACAUGGAAACUGGACCACAUGAGAAACUGAUCAAGAUAAGCACCAUCUUAUUUUUUCUGGUGUCACACAGGAAGAAGUAUUAAAUUGGCUGCAAGAGAUGUUAUUAUUCAGAAAUAAAAUCCAAACAAUGGUUACAUAUUUUUUUCCCUUUGGUAUAGUGCAAGUGGAAUUUGAACAUUGGAAUUAUGCCUCCCAGAUGAUAAUCCUGUAGUGGAAAGCAGUCUGAUUUGUUAUGUGAAACAGCAGGCCUUAUCAUUUCUGCCACUCAGUAGGAAUUUUUGCACCAGCAUUCAGAAGUGGAAAUUUGACUUCCAGAUGUGACCCUGCUAUCCAUGCUGCAUUUUGAAAAUAUCCUGUUGUACUUUCCAGAUUGAUUUUGGAUUGUAUAAUAAAAUAUAAAGAAUGUAAACUUGAGAUGUUAAGAUCUAAGAGAAAUCUGAUUUUUACAUCUGUGUACACACAAAAUGGUUGUGCCUCAUUAACACAGUCUGGAAUUUAGCAGUCUUUGCACAGCUUCUUUUUAACUGAUUUAUCUGAAUAGGACCUUUAUAAAUGAAAGUUUGAAUAAAAACUUUCCAAGCUACCAGUUUUCCAUAAACUUUACACAGAAAAUAUUUGAUCAUAAAAUAGCUUGGAAAAAUAUCUUUCCAUUGCAGACUGAUUAACUAAACUAUUUUUGAUCUAUUGUCUUCCUUAACAGACAGCUGUUUUCCUCAUUUUCCUUCAGAAAUUCUCAAGUUAUUUAUUGAUAGGAUUAAAACGUGAAGCCAGUACAAGAAGUUAUACUUGAUUUUACCAAGAGUACACAAACAUAAAAUGCUAGCUAAGCUUUCAGCCUUUAACUGUAGUACUUUUGUCCAAAGCUGCAUGCAUCUUCAAAAUGUUCUGUUCCCCGCUUACUGAUGAGCCAGACAGCCAGUGUAAUCCAAAUAUAAUGUAGUUUUCAUUGUCAAUGCAGAAUAAGAUUUUUGCAUUAUUAAUGACAUUUUAAAGAGCUUAAAAUCUGAUAAGGCAGUAAGGGGUCGGAGAAAGAGAAAAGUAACUAAGAAGUAAAUAAUAUCUAUUGGAAAUAUCGAUAUUACAAAAAGGGGACUGAAUUUACUUAGAAUUUCUUCCAAGUCAACCUACAGAAGUCAUCUAGUGAAAUGUAUAGUUUGUAGAUGUAUAUUUUUAAUUAUGCUAUUUUGUAUGAAGUUUUUUUAUUGCAUAAUGGAAGUUGUUUAGAGGCGGGAGCAUGUUUGUCAUCUGUUUAGAACUGUAGGAUCACAUCAAGGACAACCUUGAGAACUGUCAUGUCCCAAGCUGCCAGCUGGGAAAGAAUUUGGCCAGUCAUAAGCUGCAAGUCAGAACAGGGCCAGUAAAAACGUGAGGCCCCAAGCACCAGUUGAGCUACUUAUGACUAAUGCUUGCCUUGAAAGAAUCUGUAGCAUCACAAGCACCAUAAGCAAGAUUUUAAUAAAUAGGGCUCUUACUAGAGACCAGCAAGAAAAAAAAGCACUCUCAUAUUGGGAAUUAAACGAAACAAAAUGUUAGGUUAGUUGUUUGUUUUUGUUUUUUUAAAAUGUCUUAUUAGAAUCUUUUUCAGAUGUACAGCACAGUUCUGAAAGCAGAUAUGUCUUCAUCCGUUCCCCUUUCUUAGGGUAUGGUUACCCUGCAAUAAAACAUUCACAGCUGGCCCAUGUCAGCUGACUUGAGCUUGCAGGGCUCAGGCUGUGGGGUUAUACAGCUGCAGUGUAGACCUUCAGGCUUGGUCUGGAGCCUGAGCCCUGGGACAUCACAAGGAGGCACGGUUCCAGAGACCAGGCUCCAGCCUGAGCCCAAACGUCUACACUGCAAUUUUAUAGCCCCACAGCUACACUUACUUUUUUUUUUUCCCCAACUGUGCUCUCAAGGAUUUUGCUGCCUGAUGAAAUUGAGAUCAUGAGUAGUCAGUAUGAAAAAGAGUCAUAUGUUAAUGAAAAUUCAUUAGUGAGAACUACAGCCAUAAAAGUAGUUCCACUAAAGAAGAAAGAGAAUAGGAUUUGAACUGUUGCCAUCUAGCUUUUCUAAAUUAGUUAUAACCAGAUAUACUUGGGGAGGAUGAGUUAUUUCAGUUCAGAUAACAAUCCAUAGUGCUUGAGGAGGCUACAGGUUUAAACAUCUCCUGGGCAGAUCAGGUCACAGGCACACUGCUAAAUUCCAGAUCCCUUUUUCACAGGUUAAACGUUUGUUCUUUAAUAUGUAUGUUUCAGUACUAUUAACUAUUUUUCAUAGUUGAGUUUGAAUAACUCAAUGCAUUGAAGAAAGGAAAGGAGAUUUAUUUGCAUUCUGUUUCAUUCCUGGUAUUCAGUAAACUACUAGAUGUGGUGGUACUUAGGAAGGUUUCAAGAAAGUGUGCUGAUAUCUCAUGCUGAAGAUAAACUUUACAGCAUUACACUUCCGUCCUGGAACUUAGCUGUAGUAUACAACACUAGUAUUAUUAGAUAUUUGUGUACAUAAAAUAUACAGUAAUUCAGGUUAAUGUUUCAUAUUAAAGAAUGUAUUUGUAAAAUGUAACAAGAUCAAUAGUUUCCUUAUUACAUUACCUUUUUAAAGUUCUGCAAAGAAUAAAGAUCAUGUAUUGUUGGACUUGAGACUGGUGUACUGCAAAAUCUGUCUUAAAAGGCUACUUUUGUGGCUAGCAAAAAUAGUGCAUUCACGUGACAAUAUUAACAAAAUGUGCUCUCUAAACAAGUGAUCUUAAAGGUAGGUUUUGCUAUUAUAUGCCAAAAUCCAUAUUUGCUGAUAUAUGUUGUAAUUAAUUCCUCAAAAGUUCUAAAAAAUGUAAAAAUAAUUUUGUGCCAUUCUAAAAAAAGUGGGACCUGCUCUGUUGAUUCAUUGUUGCAAACCCUACUUUUGUCAUUAAACGUUUUAACUGUGACCAAAAAAAAAAAAAAUUCCUGGAUUAUUUAGUGUGUUGUUUUUUGUAAUGGUGAUGGGAGGAGGGUGUUUUUUGUUUUGUUCUCCUUUCUUCUAGUCAAAAUAGAAAAGAUGUGGUUGUUUGCUAAUUAAAAAGAAAAAUCCAAGUUUUCACUGUACUAUGAUCAAUAGUUUCCUCUCAAAAGAAUGUGAUGGUCUACUGGGAACAGCAGUGAAAAGUAUUUGAAAAUAUUUUUGUGCCCUUCUAGGCUUAUGCAUUUUUCUGCUAUAUAAAAACUGCUAUUGAGCACAUGAACACAAAUGUAAGUUAAUUUUCUACUUAAAUGUUGCACUGCUCAGAGAAGUCCAUGCUUCCAUUUCACUUCAGUUUUGUUGC